UCCCUUUUUCACGGUGUCGCGCAUCAGGUUCCUCGUGCCGAAUCGAUCCGAGCGAUGCAGCGCAAGACGAUGGUGUCCCGGGGCAUGGCAGUGCUGGGCAGCGGCGGUCAGUGCACCCGGGAGGCACAUCUAAGAGACAACACCGUCAUCAGAGAUGGUCUCGAAUCAGGAAUUUGGGAGAAGAGUACUCCAUCGAAGAAGAGCGAUCGAGCUGGGAGUCAAAGAUACCACGUGGACUUUAACACAGACGUGCCGCCGGAGACGGCUGAGCUUUGGGUGGGUACGCCCUACGCUGCAUGGAUCGAAAAGGAUGUGAUCCGACGACACCAGAAGGAAAACAUGGCGAAGCUUAUGGAGUUGCAGCAGCAGAUAGAUGAGGAGGCCCGCAAGCGUCGAGCGGUUGAACAACAACUGCUGGAAGCCCGGGAGGAGCUGAAGCAGAUCCCCCCACUGCAGGAAGCCUUGAUGCAGUGCAAGCAGACUAUGCUGAAGUACGUGGAGAAAGGUGUGGCGGCCAGCAGUUUGGGGAACAUCCGCACGGUGUGCAGGGACAUCCUCACCGAAUGGCGCCGACACGCUCAGGCCAAGGUCACGGAUCGCCUGCGGCGCCGCGUGCCGGACGUGGGGCGCUGCCACUUCGAGCUGACGCAGCUCCACGAGGAGGGCCUCGCGCACCUCAAGGCACUCCAGAUAGAUAUGCUGAACACAGUCACCCGAUUCAUGGACAAAGAUGCCAUGAUUAUUCCGCCCGAAGACGAAGACCCUUGGGAGCUACCAAUUAGCCCCUGGCAUCAGCCCGCAGCGCGGUGAGCUCUCAGGGUCUGCAAAAGGUUGUUUGUGUUCCAUGAAAAAUCGAGAGGG